UUACUAUUAUUUUAAUAAUAAACCUCUCCCUGAAAAUAUCUUAUCCUUCACCAAUCAAAAACCUUCUCAUGUCUUCUUCUCUCCUCGACAUUUGAGGGUUUCCUUGUUGCUGUGUGAUGGCGAGAGAAAAGAUUCAGAUCAGGAAGAUCGACAACGCCACGGCGAGACAAGUGACGUUCUCGAAACGAAGAAGAGGGCUUUUCAAGAAAGCUGAAGAGCUCUCUGUUCUCUGCGACGCCGAUGUUGCUCUCAUCAUCUUCUCUUCCACUGGAAAGCUCUUUGAGUUCUGUAGCUCCAGCAUGAAGGAAGUAUUAGAGAGGCAUAACUUGCAGUCAAAGAACUUGGAGAAGCUUGAUCAGCCAUCUCUUGAGCUACAGGUUGAGAACAGUGACCACGCCCGAAUGAGUAAAGAAAUUGCGGACAAGAGCCACCGACUAAGGCAAAUGAGAGGAGAGGAGCUUCAUGGACUUAACAUUGAAGAGCUGCAACAGCUAGAGAAAGCCCUUGAAGCUGGUUUGACCCGCGUGAUUGAAACAAAGAGUGGCAAGAUUAUGAAUGAGAUCAGCGAACUUCAAAGAAAGGGAAUGCAAUUGAUGGAUGAGAACAAGCGGUUGAGGCAGCAAGUAAAUGGAACCCAACUAACGGAAGAGAACGAGCGACUUGGCAUGCAAAUAUAUAAUAACGUGCAUGAAUCCGGUGUUGAUGAAUUGGAGAACGCCGCCGUGUAUGAGGAAGGACACUCGUCAGAGUCUAUUACAAACGUCGGGAACUCCAACGGAGCUCCUGUUGACUCCGAGAGCUCCGAUACUUCCCUUAGACUCGGCUUACCAUAUGGUGGUUAGAGAUGGAAACAAUACAAAGGAGUUGAUGGUGGAGUGAGGAGAGUGAUGUAAAUCUUUUUAACUCGGUAAUAACACAAGAGACAAUAUGUCUAAAUAGUAAAAAUUCUCUUAUGUUUGUUUGAAGGUUUUUUUUUGGUGGUUUUCACUAUAUAUUAUCUCUCUCUUCACUCUGCAUUUUUGGUUUGUGACGUCGUUUGUCACAACCAAAUUGUAUGGACAUGGUAAGUUAGAAUAUGAGAUAUUAUAGAACUUAGAUAA